AUGGCUCAAAUGCUUAUAAAUUUCUUCACCUUGUUAUCCUUUGCCUUGCUCCAAAUCCAAGGAAGCCAUGGACUGGACUACAUAGUUGAAAACAAAGUCCCAAACAGCCGCGGUGGCCAACGAUUCGACCGUGAAAUGGGCGUGGAUUACGUCCGAAAUGUCCUGAAAAACUCCACAGAGUUCAUCUGGAAGGUUUUCAAUCAGAAAUCAAUGGACGAAACAAGAGGACACACACAGGUGAGUUGGUACCUUGACAAAGUUGAUCAAAUCGCCGUGACCGUAGGGAAUGAAACCAAACUAAGCGCCUCGUUCGUACAGAACUUUACUAGUUUCGAGGGGUGCGACCUGAAAACAGAGGUAUCAGCAAUAAUGUUCCAUGAAAACACACAGGUUUGGCAGUGGUUUGGGAACAAUAAAAACGUUGGAGUCAUCGAAGGCAUUGCUAAUUACAUGAUGAUUGUAGCUGGGUUGGCGCCAGGAUCGUGGUUGCAACAGCAGCCCGGAGAAAAUGAGCGGUGGGAUGCAGGGUAUAUUGUUACUGCGCGGUUCUUUGUGUAUUUGGAAAGCUUGAAGGGAGGGAGGAGGAACUUCUUCUUUGUAAGACUCCCUUUGAGCAAAACACAGAAUUUGGAGAUAGGGAAUUUAGAUGACACCAUUGAUGAUGAUAAGCUGAAGAAACUGUUUUCUGAGUUCGGCACCAUAGCUAAAUGCAAGGUUGCAAAGAUGAAUGGGAAAAUGGUGGUUAGCAAACCACUUGAUGUUGCUUUUGGUCAGCAAACGGGGAGAGAGAGGUUUAAAAACAUAAGGUUUACUAGAACCACGACCAAACCUUUUCAACCCCUAACGCGCCGGCGAAUUUAUCUAAAUGAGGAUGGCUCUUCUUUUCCACCCCAUGGCCCUAAAUUUGAAAGGAGAACGACUGCCAUGGGUUUUGCUUUUGAGGAAGGAAUUAUGGUUGCUGCUGAUCAUCCAAGCAAAUUGAUGGUUUGUGGGAUGUACGAGGAAGCUCGUGAAGUAGCUAGGAGACGUAUACUGAUUUGGCACAAGAAGAAUGGUGCUAACCCUCUUCCUGAAAGGCGACAAGGGGUCGAUCCUGCAGCGCGAGCGCCUGCAGACUACCUCUCCAUGCUUGCUCUUCAAAAGGGAAGUAGGGAUAACAUAUAUCUGUCAUCGUUGUAG